CUCUUAUUCGGGAAAAUUUUAUCUAUUAUAUCAGAUAGUCAGAAAAUGGAUGAAGUUUUUACACAUCUAAUCAAAUAGAGCGUACGAAAGUUUUACACCCAUUGCAAGGGACUGACGGAGUAAAUCUCUUCUUUGGCAUCAUCAUGGAUUUCUCCACAUUGCACCAUGCGCGAAAAUGAUGCGCGACGGCACUUCGACUCUCUUUGGCUUUGUAAAAAACUCGAAGCUGGUGUUCCAUUAGUAUAGUUCCAUGAUCUAACAUCUAGUCACAUCCUGGAGAGGUUUAAUUGCUCAAUAGAAAUUUAAAUCUAGAUCUAGACCCUAAAGAAGAAUGUUCAGCAUCUUGCUAUGGACACAGCUAGUCUGGAUCGUUUCAGGUACAGACAAAAUACUUUCCCUUUACGCUGUUCGUCCUUACAGCACCAGACUUGCCGUCACGUGCGCCACGGGCACGUUCAACCCCAAGGACCAGGCUGCGCCAGAGAACAUCACCACGUUGGCAUUGGAAAGGAGGCUGGUCAAUCAAGCAGCCUUCACCCUGUUGGUUAAAUUCACUCCGGAUGAUCCAGUGGAGGAGAAUAGGAUGAUAAAGAAUAUUCCAGAAGGACGGAAUUGGGAGAUAAAAUUUUACGCCUUCACAUGGGACAUCAUUUUUCAAAUCGUUAUGAAGGACGCCAAUCACACAGAUGUGGGAGAAUAUAGAUGUUACUUCUUGGAUAAAAACAAAAGCCUACACUACUCGAUUAUUGAACCACUAAUAGCCAUACCUAGUCAGCCAACCAUAAAUGUUACCAAAAUCAGAGUGGGAGAACCUUUCUAUGUACAGUGUGACAUGUUCAGGCAUAUGGCUACGCUCAGCCUGCGAAUGGUAAAUGAGCGCAGCAAAUUCGGGUUAAUAUCGCUGUUUUCGUAUGAUCCUAUCACGGAUGCUCAUAACCCACAGGGCCCCAAUCUCUUCACGGAUUUACGGCAGCGUGACGCCCAAGUGUUAAAUGUAAGUACUGAAAGCAAUGUAUCGUUUCGCGUCGAGUUCAAAACUGGACGCUGUUCUGACGGUGGCUUGUACCACUGCCUGAGUGGUAUCUCCUGGGGAAGAUCGCGUCUUACUGUCCAAUCAUUACCUGUCACUCUACGCAAUGAAGAGCCGUUUCAUCAGUUCCCGUUAGACGUUUAUCCACCAGAACAUAAAGGACCUAUUUUUUCAGUGCAAGCAGAAGGAACUAUGGUCAAUUUUACCUGCACAGCUCAUGGAACUAUCGGCCUGAGUUUGCAAUGGUCUUGGGUGACCUACGGGAAUGGGGAUGGGAAUGCUAUCGAGAAACAAAUAAUUUUGGACGCCCCUCCCAAUGACACUUUUGACUCUAACCUAUGCAAGAUAGUAUUGUACAAGUCCUACUUAUCAUACCAAGCAGCUAGUGAAAACAGCGGGUGGACAUUCAUCUGUUCAGUACUUGAUGGCAACGCUAACGUACUAAGUAAACAAGAACAUAAAGUGAUCAUCAAUGACUCAAUUGGAAGCAUACCUGUGGACAAGUCUGUCAUCAUGCCCAUGGACACUCUCAACUUUGAGUGUAACAUUUACAAGUUCAACCCAGAAGACUACCCAGAGUUCCCCUACGUCAUUUCGCUGGGUGCAGAGAGGAGGCUAUUAGGCGAAGACAGAUACAAUCUUUUGGCUAGAUUCUCCCCGACGAUAACUGAGAAAUAUAGAAGAGUUUCUAAUAUUCCACCGGGACGCAGUUGGAAUGUUAAUUUUAUGGACCCAGGUCCUACAGAUAACCAGGAUGAAUUCAAGAUCGUUAUCAGUUUAAAUGACGCAAGCCACAGAGACGCUGGUCAGUACAGGUGCAACUACAUCGAUCCCGAGUACAGGAGAUAUUAUACAGAGGCGUACACGGUGCUACCUAAACCGGCUCGUCCAUCCAUCAACUAUUUGGGAGGGGGACAGAAUUUCAUUGUGCAGUGUGCCUUAUUUAACCCUUUAGCUGUGCUAGCGCUGGUUAGAAAGCUAGAUGGCGACACUGACUUUAACGAAGUAGCCAAGUACGACCCAUACACUGAUAUGGAUAAUCCUGAAGGCAUUCGAACUCAAAAGUCUGUCCCACCUGGACGUGAUUGGACAAUUGAUUUUAUUGGAACAAACAGUACUAGUGAUGGCAAUAUAACCAUUCGCUUGACCGUCAAUGACGGAGGCUGCGCUGAUGCAGGAGAGUACAGGUGUGUGAGUGGAAUCAGCCUGGAUAAGGAAAGGGAAUAUGUGAAUUCUGAUGCUAUCAAAAUAGUCAAAAAAAUACCCAUCCGACAUGACCCAAUAACGAGCGACCCCCCAGGAUUUCAGGGGAUGUUCACUACAGAACAAGAUUUGGGCCGAAUGGUCACUUUGACAUGCACCUUCGAAGGUGAACACAACCUACAGCCUGUAUGGUCAGCGUUAAAUCUUCAAGAUCUAAGUGCCAGCUUCAAUGUUACGAAUUCGCAGCCAAAGCAAUCUCUUGAUGACAAGAACUGUAUGAAGUCAUCCUACAAGUCCCAGCUGUCGUACAUAGUGGCUCCUGAGAACGACGGGUGGACGUUUAUUUGCUCUGUCUACAAUGAAGGGAAUCGCCUUUUAAGUCGCGCCCUUUACACAGUGUUUUCAAUCCCAAGAGAGACAGCGAGAAGUACGAACAGCGCAGAGAGGUCAAAGGUCAACCGGAAGUGUUUUGCCGUCACAGCUGUCUUAAUCUUGCUAUUUGUGUUACUCUUAUAGUUCAGUGGUACCCAUCUUACGGCACGCGGGCCAUGUCCUUCCCCUUACGCAUACUAUCCGAACCGACUCAACUUCUUCACCAACGUUCAUAAUGAAGCUAGAGUGUAGAGGAUGGAUUCUAUUGGACUUGACGUUUUUUUUUAAUGUUUUUUUUUUUUUUUUUUUUUGAGGCAAUGCGGCCCGUGACUCGAAAAUAAAUUUGGCCCGCGAGCCGAAAAAGGUUGGGCACCGAUGAUAUAAAUUGCUAAAUGUGUACGAAAAAAAUAUCAAAAUAAACUGAACAUCAUCAAUGUACUUUGAAGAAGAAUAAAGGAUUAAUAAACUAC